UCAAAUACAACUGUGCACAUAAAUCUUACAGUUUGAUGUUAUUGUUCAAAUUUGUUAUUGUUUCUGUUUGACCUUCCAGUUACUGCAGGUUUUACAGACAGUUAGGAUACAGGCUCCACUGACCUUCUUCGGUCCUAUAAAGUCCCUGUUGGUGGUGAUCAAUUAACUCGUGUGCGUCUAGAGGAAGCGAAACACCUUCGUUCCUUAGCUACCUCACCAGAAAAGCGGUUUGAAGAUCUCCACCCUUUCAUAAUAGAGCUCUGGCACAUCAAGCAAGACUUCUUGGAGAAAUGCUUUAAAGAGCUGUUCAGUUCCAAAACUCUGAGACAAGCUGGAACCCUAUACCAUUACAAGGGCAAAUUGCAAAGGAGCGAUGUAAAUGGAAAGGUUAAGGGCGCCUUUAAAGCGCAUCACGAUUUCCUGUCGCUGGCAGGUAAACAGAUGGUGAAGGAGCAGCUGAUGGAGUUCUUUGGCAUGGAGAGCCCUGAUUCCAGUUGCACCCAAAAUGUUAUUCAGCUGGUGAAGUCAAAAUCCGAAAACUAUGAAUCACUGUUAAAUUCAUUGCGACAGUUCCUUGACCACUUUGGCUAUCUAGACUAUGUACAUGAGACUGAUGAUGUGGUGUCCAAUGACACAGAUGAUACUGUGUAUAAUUACUGUUGCAAUCUCUGUCACUGGUAUAUGCACCUGAUGAUGUUUGAGGACAUUGUUAAAGAAGGAGAUGUGGCCAGAAUAAUUCCUUGCCUAAUGGUAUGUGCCCAGUUUUUCUUCUCAAACUCCAGACUAUCAAAAUAUUUUCAGGAGUGUUUGGACUUUGUAUUGAAGUGUGAGUACUGCAUGAGCCCUAUGCAAAGAAUUAGGACAUUGGAAGGUGCAUUUGUUAACCUGAGAGGUGGAGCUGCAGGAAAUAUUGAAAGUGAUCUGGUACAAGAAAACUCUGUAAGAAACCAAAAGGAUUUAAUCAGGGCUUUGGGUGCAAAUAAGUCGGAAAAAGCAAUUCAAAGAAGUUGCAGAGCCGCAGACACUGUGUCCGACAUUUUUGAGAAAAUAGAGAUUUCCACAUCAGUAAGGAAAGUUUCUAGUAGGCAUCAAACGCCAGCCAGAAUAAAAGAUAAUGAAGUUAUUGCCAAUUCUUUGAGGGACUUGCGACCGUUUUCUAAAACAAUAGGAAGAGUGUGUCAAGGCAUGCCAAAUGUCCUGUGCUCACCAGUCAGAAAAAUUAACUCUGUUGAUCUUAAGUUCAGGAUCAAGCAAGUAGUUGACAGGCUGUAUUAUGGACAUACUAUCAAUUUUGACCAUGAAUCGUCUGAGGAGGACUGCUAGGGUGUGUUACAUGGAGUGACGUAAUAAGUGUGCCCUACAAUUUUAAACCUCAGUCCUGUAUAUUAGUUGAUUUGAAACUAAGAGUUUUGAAAUUGUUUGUUAUGGACAUCUUAUUAACCACAAUGCAAGCAAAAAAUGCUUAAAAAUUGAAAAAAACAUCAUUUUGAUAACAUUUAUAUGACAUAUAUUCUGUAUUGGGAUAGCUGUUUGUUGUGCUCAAGUUUUAACAGUACUUUAUGCAACCUUCAGUGUGCAUUCCAUUUGAAUCAAGAUAUUCUAAAUAUAGACUUUAAAUAAAGUGUUUCUUUAUAAACGACAGUUUUCAGAAGAAAUAUGUUUUACGUUCAAAUGUGCGAAGUAUUUUGUUGAUUGGGACUACAUGUAUAAUUCUAUAUGAACUACAUUAACCCUUUGCAUGCUGGGAAAUUUGUCGUCUGCUAAAAUGUUGUCUGCUAAAUUUCUAAAAUAAGCAUUGUCUUCGAUUUUUUGCAAAGAAUACUAUCAGAAUAGCAAACAGUUUGGAUCCUGAUGAGACGCCACGUUCUGUGGCGUCUCAUCUGGAUCCAAACUGUUUGCACAGGCCUUCCAAAUUCGGUUCCCGCACUGAAAGAGUUAAUGUUUGCCUAGCAAGAACAAAUAUGCAUAACAAAAUACCAUACCAAUAACAUUUAAUUUAAUAUCAUGGUACAUUCACAUCAACUUUUUAAUCAACUACUCAUUUCAAGAACACAUGUUUAUGUAGAACACAAAUAUGUUCUGUCUGUACACUGAAGAUUUACAGUUUAUGUACAUUUACCAACAGGUUAGUCAUGUGAUUUUUUUUAUUCAGUAUUAUUUGUUUUAGGUCAGCUCUGUAUUAUUUUCCAGUGCAAAACAAGACAUAAAAUAUGUUGUCUACUGAAUGUUAUAACAUGUGUAACUGGCAUUUUGUAAAUUGUUCAGGAGUAUAUAUUUUACAAAAUACAUAAAGAGCACAUAUUUAACUUUUUUGCAUUCAAAAUAUCUCAGCGUUAAAAUUAUGGUAAAUGCUUCCUACUUAAUUAUUAAUUGUUUGCCAAAAUACAUCUCAAUUUCGAUGUUUUGUUUUUAAAAUUAUUUUAUAA